AUGGCGCACGAAUCCGAGAGCAGCCUCGGGUACGCCUCCUGGCCCGUCGGCGCGGCCCAGGCCGCGGAGAGCGUGUGCAUUGACCCGGCGUCGGCGGGCUGCUCAUCUGAUGACUGGGUCGAGGUGCCAGACGAGGACGACGACCCUCGGUUCGACUCCUUCGGCUUCCGCUCCUUCGAGGCCCCCGCACCGCCACGCCCCGAGGCCUCCUCCCCCGGCAAGGGCGGCUGGGCCCGCUGGAGCGCGCGGCAGCUCAGCCGGCGGCCGCUCGAGCUGA